AUGGAGCUGUUCCAUAUGGGGAGCUUCAUCACCUGCUUCCUGUUCGCAUGCUCCAAUGCAACCACCAUGUUUGGGGAAAUCCUCUCUCCAAACUAUCCUCAGGCUUAUCCCAACGAUGCCCUGGAAUCCUGGGAAAUCACCGUCCCCCCUGGCUACGGCAUCCGCCUCUACUUCACCCACCUGGACAUAGAGCCUUCUAAAAACUGCGAGUAUGACUCCGUGAAGGUCCUGACUGGGGACCACCUUGAAGGCCAACUGUGCGGGCGGAAGAAGAACAGUAUUUCUGGCUCCCAAAUCCUGAAGGAAUUCUACGUGCCCCACAACACCUUGACCGUGACUUUUCAGUCUGACUUCUCCAAUGAAGAGCGAUUCACUGGCUUUGCGGCUUAUUACGUUGCAGUGGAUGUGAACGAGUGCACGGACUUUGUGGAGAAGGCCUGCAGCCAUUAUUGCAACAACUACAUCGGGGGCUACUUUUGUUCGUGCCCCCCAGCGUAUAUGUUACAUGAAGAUCAGAAGACCUGUGGAGUGAACUGCAGUGGGAACGUGUUCACCGAGCCAACCGGGGAAAUCACCAGCCCCAACUACCCCAGCCCGUAUCCUGAGAAUUCGCACUGCGAUUACCGUGUGGUGUUGGAACCAGGAUACCGUGUGGUCCUGACCAUCAAGAACAAGGAUUUUGACAUAGAGCCUGCUGACUCGGAAGGAAACUGCCCUGAUGCCUUAACAGUCUCAGCAGGCGAUGAACGUUUUGGUCCCUUCUGCGGCGACACAUUCAAAGGCCCUUCAGAAAUCAAGGUGCGAAGCAAUAUCCUCGACAUCGAUUUCCGUACCGACGAAACCACACAAGGCAAAGGCUGGAAAAUCCGCUACUUUGGAGACCCAAUACCCUGUCCACUGACUGUUAUCCAAAACUCUGUUUUGGACCCCGAAAGACAGCGCAAUGUCUUCAAGGAUACUGUGAAGGUGACCUGCAACACAGGCUAUGAGAUUGUGACACCACAAGGCAGCUUCAGGUCCUUCUACUCUAGCUGUCAAAGCAACGGAGAGUGGAGAGAUUCGCACCUCAGAUGUGAACCUGUAGAAUGUGGGAUGCCUGACGACGUUGAUAAUGCGGAUGUCCAUUACAUAACAGGACCUGACCAGACUCAGUAUCAAGCCGAAAUCCGCUACGCCUGCCACAAGUAUUAUGCGCUGAAGAACAACGGAAGCGGUGGGACUUAUCAGUGUUCGGCCAAUGGGCAAUGGGUGGAUGAAAAUGGGGAAACAGAACUUCCUGUCUGCAUCCCAGUCUGUGGAGUUCCUCAUACACCCAUCCAAAGUGCUGGAAGGAUUUUCGGAGGCACAAAGGCUGAACCAGGAAACUUCCCUUGGCAAGUCUUCUUUGAAUACCCACGUGCUGGCGGGGCUCUCAUUUCCGACCGUUGGGUACUUACUGCCGCUCACGUCCUGGAAGGAAACCAGAACCCAACCAUAUAUGCUGGGCUGUUCUCAGUUGGCCAACCGACCUUGUUGGCUACCAAACCCCUAGUUGUGGAAGAGGUGUUCAUUCACCCUGGCUGGAAAGAAUCUCCACAAGAAUUUCGGACUGACUUUGAUAAUGACAUUGCUCUGGUGAAGUUGAAGGAACCUGUGAAAAUGGGUCCCAACAUCUCAAUUAUCUGCUUACCUAGUACAUCCCCAGAAUAUGAUCCUCUGGAGCAGGAACUGGGCUACAUAUCUGGAUGGGGCAAGACAGGUAAAAGGAGAACUGUUAACCUCAUGAAAGCCCAGAUCCCAGUGGUGACCAUGGAGCGGUGCCGAAGCGUGAAGCCAGAUUCUUCUCUGGACUCCUCAGCCUAUAGAUUUACAAACAAUAUGAUUUGCGCUGGGAACGGGGAAAGUGAUAGCUGUGCUGGGGACAGUGGUGGGGCCUUUGCCCUUCCUGACCCCCGCAAGAAGACACGCUAUUACGUUGCCGGCGUAGUUUCUUGGGGACCAAAAUGCGGCACUUACGGCCUUUACACUAAGGUGGCCAACUAUGUGGGGUGGAUCACAGAGGUCAUGAACCGGCAGCCAGAUGAAGAAGAAUAGACCCAGGCCCUCUUGGGGCACUGUCUCGGUCUCCCACAGUACCCACUGACUCUCUUG